AUGUCAAGAUAUACUAAAUAUAGAAGAUAUGAUAGAAUAUACAAGCAAUUGUUAAGUUUGGAUACUGAAUUUGAAAUAUUCAAUGUCAAUCAAAGAAAAAUACUUAAUUUAGGUUUUGCUCCUGGGUUGUGGUUAGAAUAUAUGAUUCAAAAAUUAUCAAGUUUGCAAAAUAUUGAUGAAGAUAAGAUAUCUACAAAAUGUAAUAUAUUAAACUUUGAUAUAUUAUUUAAAUCUGUACCAGUUGGUACAUCUACAAUUCAAGGGAACAUAUUUAGUAAACGAAGUCAUGAAUUAGUUAAUCAACAUUUCAAAGAUGUAUCAGUUUAUGAGACUUUGAAGUUGUAUAAUGAUGAAAACUUGACAUAUUUUAAUAAAGAACAACAAGAAAUAGCUUUAGAGAAAAUUGCACAUACUAUGAAGAUUCCAGAUUAUAGAAUUGACUUAGUGCUAAGUGAUUUAUCACCACCACUUCCGCAAAAAAGUGGAUUUUAUGAUCAUACAGGAACCAAUCCAUAUUUAAGGUAUAAUAAUAAUAAAGGGCUUAAUCAUUCUAUAUUAGAUUCAAAAGCAGUAUUUGAUUUAGGUGAUGCAGCUAACAUAUUAACGUUAGGACUACUAAAACCGGGGGGUAAGUAUCUAAUCAAAUUAUCAGAUGUGAGUCGAUCUUUUAAUGAACUUGAUUUAUUCUUUCAAAAGAUUAGUCCUUACUUUGAGGAUAUUCGUCAUUUACCAAGAGGUAA